AUGAUAAUUUAUCAUAACUUCAAAAAUUUAUUUUAACCAUUUUAAUAAAUAUAUGCUUCAAAUAAAGAAAUAAGACUCAACAUUAUAUUUCUUGAAUCUACAUUAUUUUGUUCAAAUUAAAAUACUCGUUUGGUAGAGUAUUUUAAAUUAAAUGAAAAUGUUAAUCGAUACGAAUUGUUAAAUAAGUUAGUAAAUAAAUUUCCGAUCUAAUAAAUAUAUGGUUCAUUUAAUAGAAUUUUGAUUCUUAGCUCUAAUAAUAAAUAUUAUUAAUAUAUUUACAAUAAAAAAAAAGAUAAUUUUGAAAAAGGAGAGCUUUCCAAAGAAAAAGGUUCUAUUUUAUCUUAGAUUGAAUUUUUAGAUGAAGGAAACUCCUUUUUAGAAUUGAGUUACCAAGGUGACAUCAAAUUAUGGAGAUUUAUUAAUUAAGAGCUUUAAAUUAUAAAGGUUGUAAAGCUUUAGCAACACAUUACUAGUGCCAGUGUUUCAAAAAAUAAAAAUACUUUAAUUAUUGGAUUGGCAGAUGGAACUAUCAAGGUUUUAAUUUGA